AUGCUGUCUGCCAUCAGUCAGAACCUUUUAAAACGAGUCACAUCUACUCGGCUCAAGAAACCAAAUAAUGCUCUUUAUGGCUACCGCCAGACAAACCAUUCAAAGAUAUACUUUGCUAGCAACAAAUUGAGUAGUAUAACAGUGUUGUGUAGUAGAAAUUCUUAUUCUACUUCACGUAUCAAAUCAUCUCCAAAGGUUAACAGCGUCAAAAUUACAGGAAAGGACAGCCGUAGCCGAGUGAUUGAAAAUGCGUUGCGUAGAAGCAUCAAGCCUAAGUCAUCGCGACUUUUAAUUUCCAAGAGGCCUGGAAUCAAAUCAUUUAAGAAAUCAGCCAAACCUCGCGGGAAUUAUCUUACACCACAAAAAAAGUUGCGCCUAAAGAUAAGAGAGCUAAGACGAAGAGCUCUACAGCCUCCUAAACCCCUCCCCCGUACAGCGCGCUCAGUAUACAUGGCACAGCAUCUUACAGGAACAGGAUCAAACACUAAAACCGUACUCUCCGACGCUUCGUCCAAGUGGAAAUCAGUCUCCUCGGCCGAGCUAGAGCAAUAUCGAAAGACAGCAGCACAAAACAAAGCCACCAAUUUUGCAACUUUAAACGCUUGGCUAUCUCAUUAUACCCCUGAUCAGAUUCGCAUAGCAAAUAACGCACGGCGAGUUUUGAAUAGGAAAUAUGGACGAAAGAUACCUUUGGCACGGAUUCAAGAUCCUCGUCUACCUAAGAGGCCUCUGGGGGUAUACGUAUGCUUCGUGAAGGAACGAUUCGAUUCCGGUCAAUUAGUUGGAGUCCCAUUUCUCACUGCAUCAAAAAUGUUAGCGUCAGAAUUUCAUGCACUCGCCCCUGCUCAUCGCAAGAAACUGGAAGACACAGCUCGAAUUCACAGACAACGAUAUAUCCAAGAAUUCAAAAUCGCAUUCAAACGCGACUCUCGAGCAAAAGCCUGA